AUGGGUAUAGAAGAGGACACUCAACGGGGAUGGAAACGGAGAGAGGAUAUGGCGGAGGACCUGAGCUCGUGGUUCUGCCAGCUGUCUACUCAGGAGAGACUGCAGGCGAUCGCAGUGGAUGACGUCAUCUGGAUACGUCUCUUCAACGUUCUCUACCGCAAGCACAAGUCGUGGAUGAGCCAACGGGGCACGCCGCCAACAUGGGAACGAGAGAAGGUGCGAAAAAUAUACGAGAGGCUUCAGCGAAACGAGCAAAAUCGUGUUGCCGGCGUCGCCGCCGCCGCCGCCGCCAGUGCAUCUUCCGAUGCGGCAACGCCGCCCCACGAAGGCGCCCGCGCGCCCCCACCGUCAUUUGUUCCCCCGCCACGCACUGCGGCGGUGGCAGCAGGGACGAAACCGACGCCCGUGGAGACGGGAAGCCUCGACAACGGAGGGCCGGGCGCGGCAGGAGGCUAUUGCAGCGGGGGCGGUGGUAGCGUGCAGUCGGCGCUGCAGGUCGGGGAGCGGUUGAACGAUGCGGUCCGAUUGUGCAGCCUCGGGUGCGGCUCGGCGGGAGGGGGCGGCGGCGGAGCCAAGGGAGAGGGAGGGAGAGAAGGGGGGGCAUCAUCCGGGCCCCGCGGGGCGCUUACCCUCAGCGAGGCAGAGCUGUCUAAGCCGAGAAGACUGCUGAACGAUCUACGAUUAUUGGCUUGUCGCCCCUCCGAUGGCAAGGAACAGACAGCGGCGGCGGCGGCGGCUUCAGCGCUACCCAAAUCAGAGCAAGGGAAGGACGUGCGGGGCAAGCGGGGUGUGGCGGCGGCGGCGGCGCCAGCAGCAGCGGCGGAAGCAUCAUUACCAGCAGCGGGCUGUAAGGCGGGGUUCUUGACUCCGGCGUUGGCGGAGGAGGAGGCGAGGUGGGCGGGCGCGUCGGCGGAUUGCCACGAUCCGCUUAUGGAGACGGCGUGGUUGGCCGAGAGGUUUCCGAAGGCGACCCUCGGAGACCUGCUGGUCAACCGGCUGGAGCUCAGCUUGUGGGCGAGCUACUGGGGGCGCCGGCGACCACGGGGUUCAGUGGGCGGGAUCCCCGUGAGCCCGUUGGCUUCCGUCGCACAAGAGGCCGGCAUCCUGCGCGGAUACUGGCGGACGUUGCCUUUACGGCAAAGGCAUCAGAUCUUGGAGGGGCUGCCGGAGGCGGCGGCGUUGGCAAGCGACUCAUGCGACUCGACAGCCAGGAAUAGCAGCAGCAGCAGCAGCAGGAGUAGAGCCCGCGAGGAUGUGGUUCAAUGCCUCAUGUUUGCGCCAGCGGCGUGGUGCUUCCAGGACGACGGCGCCGCGGUGAAGCUCGUUGUCGGGCGUUUGCGGCGCGCCUACGGGGCCCAUGUGGCGGCGGCGGGAGUCAAGGCAACACCGGCGAUCGAGUCUCCGGCGCUGGAACCGGGUACCAGUAGCGACGACUCGAACGCUGGCGGCGGUGGUGGUGGUGGCGACGACUUCGCCAUCGAUUCGGCGACGGCCGCGACGACUACCGUCGGUGUCGGCGGCGGGGGACUAGACUCUUCGGACCACCGCAAGAAGCAAAAGAAGAGGAAGAAGAAGCAGAAGAACGCUUCGACUGCUUCGGCGGCCGCUGCUGCUGCGAGCUCGGUUGCUGCGGGGGAGGCGUCCGUGGAAAACCCACCCGUCUCAGGGGCGAAAUCGUUGGGAGAACGCGGCGUAGCCGCCCAAGCCGACGACGGGGCCGCCGCGAGGCCUGCCGGCGAGACGAGCCCCGGCCCAAGCGAGGGCAGUAGCGCAACCGAAGAGGCGGAGACGGAUAGCUCGGUAGGUGCCAACGUGACACCGUCAGCGUCGACGUCGGCGACAGCCGCGCCGCCGCCGUCGAAAGCGGCUGCCACCGUUGCUUCUGCUGCGGAGAGCGUGGCGGGGGGGAUUGACGACGGCGGUUGGGUGCUGUCCACCAGCCGACGGAGCAAGCCGAAAGAGGCCAAGGAGGAGGUGAGAGAGGUCCGGCGCGGCGGCGGCGGCGGCGGCGGGGGCAAAGGCGCCAAGGGCAAAGACGGGGGCAGCCAUCCCAAGGCCACCGCCGGGCACCGUGAGUCUCUCCGGGACUCGCACCGCGAGCCCUACCGAGAUAGGGGGGACGCGCCCUCGAGGGGGAGCAAGGGGUCGUCCGGCGGGAGCGGGGAAGGGCGGCAUGACCGCGACAGCAGCGGCGGCGGUGGCGCUCCGUGGGCUAGAGGGACGUCCCGCCAGGACAGCGGUAAGGGAGACGAGGGUCGGGUGUGGGGCAAGGAUAUCUCCACGAGGGACCGGCGAGAUGACCCCGGGGGUACCUGGUCCAAGUCGGGCGGCUCUCGUCGGGAAAGGCGUGACGGGAGCGGCGGCGGCGGCGGAGCGGGUCUGGGCUCGGGAUCUGGAGCGUGGCCGAGAGCCAGCGCGCGGAGGCGGGAGGACAGGGACGUCGAGGCGAGCUGGGUGCAGGGCGGGGAGGAGGAUGCGGGGCCGUGGGCCAAGAGAGGCGGUGGCGGCAAGAGCAGCAGCAGCAGCGGCAGCAGCGCGAAAGAGAACGGACACGCUCCCUCCGCAGCAGGCCGCUCGGCAAACCAACCGCAGCACACCCGCACCCGUUCGUCGUCUUUUGCGGACAUGGUCCGUGGUGCCAACGCCGCCGACGGCGUUCCCUCUGCCGUGUCUCCGCUGCGCAAGGCUGUGUCCGCCAAGUCGCCGAGGGUGGCGUCCACCCCGGAAGCAACCACCCCUUCGUGGGGCAGCGGCAAGAGCGUGGGGGCGCCGUCGUUUGCGACGGUGUUGCUGGGCGGCAGCGGCGCCACGUCGGGGUCUAGCAAGUUUCCCCCUCCUCCGGCCCUGAAGGCGGUGGACACGAAGGGCAGCGCUUCGGCGGUCUCUCCCUCAACCACUGUGUCGGCGUCACCGGUCACGGCGUCCGAACAGGCGGGAUGGAGUGACACGCCAGCCCCCGCCGCCGCAGAGGCGGCCGGCCCCAAGCCCGCCAAGCCGAUGGCGUGGACCACUGGCAACACGGCCAGCGUGCUGCGUGCCGCCAUAGGAGAGCCGGCGCCGAGCCGCAACACGAGCAGCGGCCACAAGGUUCCCCAGGAUCGGGCGUCUUCACCGGGAAGUGGCAGCGAAGGCUGCGAAGGAAAGGCCGCGGAGGCGGGAAAGAGUCCGCCCACCGGGAAGAGCGGAGGAGGCGGCGGGGCAGCGAGUCCUAAGGCCGGCGAGGUGAUGGACGUAAUGGUGGAGGUGCUCGACCUCGUCGGCGACGUGAUCGUCAGGAGAGCGCACUCCAGGGCCAGCAAGGCCAAGUCUUACGCGCAGGCCAUCGCGGAGUCGGAGGGGCGCGCGCAGGCGCUGGCGACCGCGUACCAGCGCCACGACGGCCUGCUGCAGGGCUCGUCGUGGGAGGGCGGCGGCUCGGCCAACAAGCACGCGGCGGGCACGAGCGAUGCGACGGACUCGGUUGCCUCGACGGCGUCGGCUACCGCGGAGACUGCGGAGAGCUCUCCGGCGGUAGAGCGGAGACGAGCAGGAGCCCCGAGCUUCGAUAGCGGCGGCGGCGGCGGCGGCGGCGGCGGCAGCAAGGCUUGGUCCGACCGCGGUCCCGAGCGGGACCGGGGUUCCAACGCGGCGUCCUGGGCACGCGGCAACACGCCUCCGGCGGCCGCGAGACAGGCGGCACGGAGAGCGGGCGGCGAUACCGGCCGGGCAUGGGUGCGCUCCGGGCAGCAGCAGCAGCAGGGUCUCGGCAGCGGGGGGCACCCGGGAGCCGCGCCGAUGCACGACCUGAGGGGCGCCAGGUCUCGCGGCCACAAGCCGGCGAUGCCCUCUGCGCCCCCCCCCCAGCAGAUGCCUCACAACCAGCAUCAGGGGAUGGGCGAAGUGUCGGAGGAAGGACGCGGGUCUGCUGCGUCGCUGCUCUUGCCGCGGGCACCGGCCGCCUUGCGGGCUUCGAUGUCGGCCCCUCUUGGCCGGGACGCGGCGGCGGACGGUAGCAGCGACGCUCUCUCUCGGGGGGCGCUGACUACCCAGCCGGACGUGAGCAACGUCAUACCAUCUCCGCGCAUUCUGCGGAGCCCCUCCCGUCGCCACAGGCCACGAAGCAGCAGCGCCGGCAGCGGCACUAGGCACUCCGGGAUGCACGGCGGCGCCGGCGGCGGAGCGGGGUACCACCCGUACCCUCAGCACCAACAGCACCAGCACCAGCACCAGCAAGAGAGCUGGCAGAACAGCAGCGACUGGGCUCUGUCCGCUGGAGGCAACGGAGGCGGCGCUCCCCGUGGCGUAAGGUUCAUGCAGAAGCUGGGCAGAGCGAUGCGCCCUCGACGACGAGCGUGGAGUCAGGUGAUCGCCCGCGUGCGAGAGCUGGUGUCCGGUAUCUGGAAAGAGGCGAGAGUGGAGAUGUACGGUUCUUGCUUCACAGGUUUGGAACUUCCGAGCAGUGACGUGGAUGUGGUGGUGUGUGGUAUCAAUGGCCUCAAGUACAGCUACGGGGGCUCCCGCGCGGGGUACAGCAGCAUGCAGACGGUGGCCAACCUGCAGAAGCUCGCCAACGUCCUGCAAGAGCAGACCUGGGUGCGCGGGAUGAAGGUGAUCGAAACGGCGGCCGUGCCCGUGAUCAAGAUACUGGCGGAUCCAGUCUCUAACGGCAACGGGCAGUUCAUGUUCGACGACAGCCGCAACGGCAGGGACGGCUGGCUGGGGGGGGGCAGUGGGCUCGACUACAUCCCGCUCGACAUAUCUUUCGAAAGCCCCCAGCACGGUGGAAUCGCGUCUUCCAAGUGGGUGCGAGAUUGCAUCCAGGGCGGCAAGUACGGCUUCGCGCUGCCGGCAGUGAUGGUGCUCAAAGAGAUCCUGUGCCAGAGAGGACUCAAUCAGCCGUGGUCGGGAGGCCUCAGCAGCUACUCGCUCAUCAACAUGAUGAUCACCGUCCUGCAGAGGGCGGAGGUGGAGCGCGCCCGGGCUCGAAGAAUCGUGGCCUGCGCCCAAGCCGCGGCGCUCGCGGCCGCCGCGCGUGGGGUCCGGCAGGGCCCGCUGCCACCCCCGGCCGCGUUGCCGCUGCCCGGGCAGGUGGCGGUUGCGCCGCAACAGCAGCAGCUGGGCGUGAUGGGCCCUCCCCCCCCCCCUCCUCCGUCGCCGGUGCCCCCGCCGACCCUGGUGCCGGCAGCAGCGGCGCCUGCGCAUGUUGUGGCGGGCCCGGGCCACGAGAUGGGGGCGCCCAGCGGCGGCGGCGAUGAGCAGGUUGCGCCUCUGGUGGAGGAGCGGGUAGGUCAGUACGUGGAGGGAGAUGACGAUGAUGAUGACGGAGUGGCGGCGGCGGCGGCGGCGGCUGGAGUGGGUGGGCUUUGUGCGACGAGGUCGAGCGACAGCGGCAGCAGCGGCGGGUCUGCUUCCGGCUACCCCGGCCACGAACCCCUUGCGAAUGUCUCCUCCGCCGGCGGGGAUGCCGUCUCCUCAGCCUGCGGUUCCCCUGCCAGCGCGGACAGAGCGGGGGGCAUGAGCGACGACGCCGAGAACAUGGAAGGGGCCAAGAGCGAGAGCGCCCCGAUCACGGUCGGCAGUAUCGCAGAGCACCAGCAACCCAAUCCUCCUGUCACUGACGGCUCAUAUGACGGCCGAAGCCCGCCAUUGCCGCCGCCACCGCUCAACACCGCACCGUCUCAAAGAGAGCAGUCCUCGUCCCCGCCGGCAGCGCAGCCUGCAGGAGGCGUUUCCACGAAGGGACCGGGGGACGUCAACGACCAAGCCGCUCUUGCAGACGCCGCCGCUUCGGCUGCCUCCGCAAAUAGCAGCGGCUCUCCGGACGAGAGCGUGGUGGGCGGCGCUCGCGCCCCGACGCCACCGCAGGCGCAGUACAACCUCGGCAUGAACGCCGAGCUGUUCAACAUGAAGCACAUGGAGAUCAACCUCUCGCAGGAGGAGGUGGACCGCGCGGACUUGAGUGGCAUGACCCCCGGUGAGGUACUGGUCAGGUUCUUGGCGUUCUUCGGCCGACAGUUCGACCCCACGCGGGUGGGCAUCAGCGUAGGGCGCGGCGCCAUCAGCAACCCGUUCGCCCUCACGCCGUCGGUGGACCCGCGGACGGGGAUGCCGGUGAUGGAAGCCCACGUGGUUAUCGAGGACCCUCUGGACAGGGACCAGAAUGUGGCACGGAGUUGCUUCGGCUUCCCGCAGGUCCAAUGGCUGUUCGGGCAGUACCUGUCGGUGUUGCAGGAGAGGGGAGCCGACAUGGCCGAGUUCGACCGCGACGCUGACCUGCUGCAGAUGCUACUGUACUACUAGGAUGGGGCGGGGAGCAGCCUCUCUCUCUCGCCUUUUGACCCGCACUCGGUUGGCGUUCUGAAGUGAACGCCGACGACUAGAUUGGUUUUGAUUGGUCGACCUCUGGUGGCUGUUCUAUCGUCCUCGUGAGUGAGUUGAGUGUGUGCAAACCAGCACAUUGCCGUGCUGGGUUUUUGUCUUGGGGUUGGGGUUGGGGGGGAGGGGGGGCUGAUGUUUGUGUGGUUAAGUCUUUCGGUUUCGGUUUUGCACUUUGGUUUGUUUGUUUCGGCCACGUUGUUCCAUUUGAUCAUGUGUUUGACGGGGUGGGGGGGGGGGGGUGAUGACUUUUGGUGUGUUUCUUGCUUCUUUUGGGUCCUCCUGUCGUGUCUGAACGAGCAGGCUUGCGUGUACCCUGGUAAUGCAAGCGUUGCGCGGGGAAGAACGCAGCGAAGUCCACCUGGCACGGACGGCGAUUGGCCACGAUUAUUUAUUGUUCGCAACACCGCAGCGAGAACGGCUACCAACACGGUACCUUAAACUCGAGUAGGCGGUUCGGUUGGUUCCUCUGUGAUGGUUUCUACGAAACAUCGGGAGGGGGG